AUGCAGUCAGUUUUCGACUUGGUUCCAUUCGACAUAUGGCAUCAAGUGGCUGAUUAUCUUGAUCCAAAUGACUAUAUCAACCUAAGCCUCACGAGUAGCAAGCUCUAUAGCUUGUUAAAGGAUGAGAUUACUGCUCGCAAGGCCGUGAAGACUCACAUUGCUCAUACCGUUGAGGGCAAGCUUGCUGCUGCAAAUAAGAUCACAUAUCGCGAGGCUCUUGGGAGGAUAUACGAUAUCCGUGAAGCUAUAGCCAGUGCAAAGCCAUAUUCUACAAGCUUGCUCGCACUUGGCCAGGAAUUUCUUUUCAACCAAGGAGUCAUUUGUUACGUUAGUAAUGGGCAGAUUCGAACAUUGAAUAUCCUUGGAGCAGCCGAGUUCGAAGAGGUUGUUGACCUGAAAGGAGUGCUUGGCUCAUAUCACUCUCUUUCAAACGGGCGUCCUUAUGCCAACUUCAAGUAUAAGCUACUGCACUACUGCGAUGGAAUGGUUGCACUUGUGUGCCAGCCCAGCGCGCGGGACUCAGCAUGGCUUUUGGUAAUAGAUAUGAAGUUAGAAUUCGCAACUUGCGGAAAGACGUAUCGAGUCAGAUUCUGUCGCCCCCUGGCCUCGACCCGCAAUCUUUUCGUACGUCUCAACCGCUCGUUCAUGUACUAUGGGACCCAUUCCGGCCGUGCUCGCCAUGGACAUCGUGAAUGGGUCUUAGAAGGGUUCAACUUUAUGACAUGCUCUGAUGUUUCCUCGGAGCCUAUUCAGCUUGAAAAUUUUGCGGGGUCUGAAAUUGGAUCGACCGUGUGUUUUGAGAUCAAGGACCGCUACCUCUACGCUGUUUCCAACCAGACUUCUUUUGAGGAUGAGGAAAUUGAUUGGACUUCGUACUAUAUUUGUGUACUGGUUCCGCUCGAUAAGCCAACCGACAUCCAGUGGCAGCGUAUUUGGCGGCGACAACACCGCGAGGGCCCCAUUAAUGACAACUGGACGAAACUAUCCCUCUGUGUGGAUCAAACAACAUGCCAACUGACUAUUGUGGAAUGUAGACAUGAGUGGCAGAAUGGGGGAAGUGAAAAUUUUCGCAUUAACUACAGUCAACCUCUUGACUGCUUCAAUCCAGCAGAACCCGUCGAAGGAGUUUGCGAGACAGGAUUCGCAUCCUCGCCUCCUAAGGAUGGGCUUCCCAAGUAUCUGCCAGUUAACUCCCUUCCGGAUGAACCCCUUGCAAGAACCCUUGGUCCAUUCAGCAAGCCAAAUUAUGAACCACCAAAAAAACGCCAUAAGAGGUUCUAUCAUCUGGAAUAUACCCCCGAGGAAGCCCAGUCUCCCGAACGUCGAGAUUUCACUCUCUCCAAUACAAAAUUUCAUACCUAUAACCUCAUGGCAGCUGCGUUUAUGGAUCUUGUGAACGACCCCCCACAACAAGUAAAGUCAUUCACCACACCGCCAGACAGGCUUCGGCUGCGUAUCGGAGCAAGAAAGCGUCAUUUUCAGCAAUAUGAAAUGGAUGACGAAGGUUCCGGUGCUACUAUGUGUCCUACUCCAACAAGCAUGUCUGACAGCCCUCCAAUGCGAAUUGAAGAAGGCUAUCAGUCCUGUGGAAUAAAAAUGUGGCCUCCCAAUAAUGCGCCAGCAGGACUCCUUAAACUUCUAUGUCCAUCAUCGAAAGCAGGAAAAGUUGUUGGCACAUCCGAUGAACGGUUUAUGGUCUAUUCAACAGAUUCCGGGCAGUCAGAUGGGACCAAGGCCAUCAUAAUGAUUAGUUUCGAUCCCUCCAUUGGGCUAAAGCAUAUGAAGUGUUUAAAACCAAAGUCGCCAGGGUCACUAGGGCCACUUUCAAAGAGAUACAGAAGCGAUGCAAAACUUUCCACAGCGCAGGGAAUGCUUAAUACCCAUCCUGAGCCCACCUGGUUCCGCGUUGAACCUGCCCAAUACCUACGUCUUAAUAGGGGCUUCUGGCUUAGGUAG